AUGCAGGCGGAUAAGGGUGGCAAGACGGUUCUGAUGGACAAAAACGAUUACAUUGCUAAAGCGAAAGAAAAAUUGAAUAAUCCUUCAGUUUAUGAACAAGUGAAGAAAGAUCCUACUAAGCACAUUAUGGAGAUCAAAACUGAAGCUGAUAAACUCUUUGAUCUGGACAAAAUUAAUGUGACACAACACUACCAACUGAUUGGAAUUGAAGACCUACCAACAGUUCGAGGUCAACCAAAAUUACAUAAGCCAAAUAAUCCAAUGAGAAUUAUAACAUGUUCACGACAAACAAUUACCUCUCCUGUUUCGAAAUUCGUCUUUAACAUCAUUGAAGACUUGAGAUCGACGUUGUCAGGAAUUGUAAUGAAUGCAUCGAAAUUUGUUCAACAAAUUAAUAAUCUUCCAAUUGAUAACGAUGAAAAUCUGACUAUUGAUAUUGUAAUUGGCCGACUAGCUGAAACAAAGAAGCUGGAAGCACGACAUAAAAUGCAUAUGAAUGAUCUGUCAUUAAUGAUUUGUCGUAAUAUUGUCUUGUUUGGCUUUUUAACUCAUACAGCAGCAACAACUUCAUUGUUAUACACCCUACAAGCCUAUUAUCCAUUUGACAAUACAGCUGAUGAUAUGUCGGGUAAUGGACACAACGGUACUCUUAACGGAACAGUUUCCUACGGACCGCCAAAAGUCGGCACUGCGGCUCUUAUGCUGAAUGGUACUGGUUGUAUCGCCAUUCCAGGAGCCGUUGUCAAGACCAAUGAAAGCUUUUCAGUUGCCGCAUGGGUUAAAAUCUUCAAAUUUAAAACAACGGAUACCUCUCAAACCUUCGUUAGUAUUGAUGGUACACAAAUCAGUGCAUUUUAUGUCCAGUUGCGUGGUGAUAACAAUUUAUUCAGCUUUAGUCAAUAUUUAACUGAUCAGAACACGUUUACUGGUGCUGGAGCUACUGCUACGGCAAUUACAGUCUCUCCAAAUGUUUGGUAUCAUUUAGUCGCUGUUUCCGAUACGUCAUUGAAACAAGUCCAAUUCUAUGUUAGUGGAGAAUUGCAAUCUACGACAACAUUUGCCGGUGGAUUUCUAGCCUCUCACGAUACGAUAAUCGGACGUGCUUUAAACAGUGGACAGCCAGCUGACUGGGUAAUCGGCCAAAUUGAUGAAGUUUACUUGUACACCGGAGUGUUAACAAGUGAUAAAAUUAGAGAGUUAGCUGGGUCUUCGUCGUCGUACACCCUACAAGCCUAUUAUCCAUUUGACAAUACAGCUGAUGAUUUGUCGGUCGCUGUUUCCGAUACGUCAUUGAAACAAGUCCAAUUCUAUGUUAGUGGAGAAUUGCAAUCUACGACAACAUUUGCCGGUGGAUUUCUAGCCUCUCACGAUACGAUAAUCGGACGUGCUUUAAACAGUGGACAGCCAGCUGACUGGGUAAUCGGCCAAAUUGAUGAAGUUUACUUGUACACCGGAGUGUUAACAAGUGAUAAAAUUAAAGAGUUAGCCGCAAUCCCUUAG